AUGGAUAACGAUCAAGUUUUGCCAAAUACAAAUGCUGCUCGGGCAUUUCCCUCAUGUCCGGACGAGGAUAUCGUCAUUAGUGGUAUCAGCGGAUCAUUUCCAAACUGCCAUAAUGUGUCUGAGUUUUGUGAUAAGCUUUAUUCUAAGACUGACAUGGUUGAUUCGGAUGAAAGACGUUGGAGUCAUCAAGAUUUCCGUAUUCCAAAGCGCGCAGGAAAAAUUUACGAUUUGGACAAAUUUGAUGCUGGCUUCUUUGGAGUUCACAAUCGACAAGCUGAUAAUAUGGAUCCACAAGGCCGUGUUUUACUGGAGACGGCAUACGUUUCGAUAUUGGAUGCGGGAAUAAAUCCGCAGAUGGUGCGCGGGAAAAAGGUCGGGGUUUUUAUAGGUUUAACAUUUAAUGAGGCGGAAAAACUUACUUAUCACAAACCAGCUACUUAUAAUAUUACGGGUCAUAGUCGGGCAAUGUUGGCGAAUCGCAUUUCGUACUGUUUGAAUCUUACGGGACCUUCGUAUGUGGUUGACACUGCAUGCAGCAGCUCUUUGUAUGCCAUGGAUUGUGCUUAUAGUUCCAUGAGGAAUGGAGAAUGUGAGGCAGCUAUCGUUUGUGGAGCGAAUUUGUGUCUUCAUCCGUACAUUAGUUUGCAGUUUUCGCUUUUGAACAUGUUAUCAAAAGACGGAUAUUGCUCCCCAUUCGACGAAAAAGCCGACGGAUACACGAGAGCUGAAGCAAUUUGUUGCGUUUUCCUGCAAAAAGUGAAAGAUGCAAAACGUAUUUACUGCACGGUGGUUCACACAAAAGUCAAUUGCGACGGAUACAAGGACGAGGGAAUCUUUUAUCCCUCACGCAAGAUGCAAACGCGACUUUUAACCGAAUUUUACCAAGAAAUCAACUUCAAUCCCGACCUAAUUGACUACGUCGAGGCACACGGCACCGGAACUCCCGUCGGUGACCCCGUCGAAUGUUACUCCAUUGACAAAGUUAUUGCCAAAAAUCGCACAAAAGACAAACCGCUGCUCAUCGGGUCAGUAAAAUCCAAUAUGGGACAUUCGGAGCCGGCAAGUGGCCUUUGUUCCGUCGCAAAAAUCAUCUGCGCCUUCCAGCGGGGCGCCAUUGCACCGAAUUUGCACUGCACAAGACCCAAUCCAGCGAUCGAGGCAAUUCAGGAAGGGAGAAUUCAGGUUGUGGUUGAUGUUGUACCACUGACGUCGCCGUAUAUCGCAACGAAUUCCUACGGGUUUGGAGGUGCCAAUGCUCAUGUUUUGUUUAAAAGACACGAAAUGCACAAAAUUAAUCAUGGAUUGCCGAAAGAUACGUUACCUCGGGUUGUUACAUGGUCCGGCAGAACAGAGGAAAGUUGCGUUGUUAUGUUUGAUGACAUCGAAAAACGUCCUUUGGACACGGAAUUCCUCGCUUUGCUGCAAAAUAUUCAGAGUGUAGCGACUCCGGGACACGUCUAUCGCGGUUUUGGGUUAUUUGAAGCCACUGAAAAUGGGGUGUCGAGGUGUCUCGAACGAGAAAUUGUUCAUUUUGCGGGCGAACGACGACCUUUGGUGUGGGUUUUUGCGGGAAUGGGAUCACAAUGGUGCGGAAUGGGAUCGUCUUUGAUGAAAAUCGACACUUUUCGUGAGAGUAUCGAACGUUCACAUCGCAUUCUCGAGCAAAAAGGCUUGGAUUUGAUCAAAAUCAUCACAACUGAGGACAAAAAAAUUUUUGAUUAUGUCUUGCACUCAUUCGUGGGCAUCGCAGCGAUUCAAAUCGCCCUCGUAGAUGUCCUGAAAAGCUUGAAUAUCGUUCCUGAUCUCAUUGUGGGACACUCAGUUGGUGAAUUGGCAUGUGCCUAUGCCGAUAAUUGCGUCACGGCGGAAGAAAUGAUCCUUUCUUCGUACUAUCGGGGUUUGGUAAGCAUCGAAACUGACGUCAUUCAUGGCGCAAUGGCAGCUAUCGGGAUGGGGUACGACCAAAUCAAGACAAUUCUACCGCCCGGAAUUGAAGUUGCAUGUCACAAUGGUCCCGAUUCGUGCACAAUUUCCGGUCCAGCGAAGGAAAUUUCCGAUUUUGUGAAUGAAUUGAAGGCUAAAAGCGUUUUCGCGAAGGAAGUUGCUUGUGCGAACAUCCCGUAUCACAGUCGUUACAUCAAACAUAUGGGCCCGAAAUUGCUUUCGCACCUGAAAAAUGUGAUAAAAACCCCGAAACAACGUUCCCGCAAGUGGCUCAGCUCAAGCGUUCCCAUGGAUGACUGGCAUAAAAACCAUGCGCAAUUCAAUUCGGCCGAAUAUCAAGUCAACAAUCUCCUAAGUCCCGUUUUAUUUGAAGAAGUUUCGCAAAUGUUACCCAUCAACGCGAUCACCAUCGAAAUCGCGCCUCACGGAUUACUUCAAGCGAUUUUGAAGAAAUCUCUGCCGAAAGGCAUUCAUGUUCCAUUAACGCAACGCGGCAACACACAAAAUGUCAACUUUUUCCUCUCAGCCAUCGGAAAAUUGCAUCUUUACGGUUUGCAACCGAGCAUCGAGAACCUUUACCCGGCUGUUAAGUUCCCAGUUUCCAUCGAGACGCCCAUGAUUGGUCCGUUAAUUCGUUGGGAUCAUUCACAAAGUUGGUUGGUGGCGACUUUUAAUAACGCAAUCGACGCCAAAAUCGAGCAUUCGUACAAUAUUAGCUUGGUUGAGGAGGAAUACGCGAAUAUUGCGGGUCAUAGAAUUGAUGGAAGAGUUCUCUUUCCCGCGACGUCCUACGUUAUGUUGGCAUACAAGAGUUUUGCAUUGAUGCGGGGUAUUCCGUGGGAACGAAUGAAUGUGGAAAUUCGGGAAAUGAAGUUUUUGAGGGCGACAGCCAUUCCGCCAGAUACAGCGGUGAAUUUGUGUGUUACGUUCCAAAGGGGAUCCGGAAAAUUUGAGAUAACGGAAAGUUCAACACCUGUCGCUUGUGGCGAAAUCCAUAUCAUCGAGGACCCAAAUUUAUCACCGUUCGUGCAACCAGACAACGAUUCCAUCACUUUAUACUCCAAAGACAUCUAUACAGAGCUCCGUCUUCGUGGUUACGAAUAUUCCGGAGACUUCAAGUCGCUAACGGAAGCCCGUAUGGAUGCCAAAGCCGGAAAAAUCGCAUGGCUCAACGAUUUCGCGCCAUUCAUCGACUGCAUGCUCCAGCUAACUCUCCUCUCGAAAGACACCCGAUCUUUAUAUUUGCCCGUGAGCAUCGACAGCAUCAAAAUCUCACCCGAAAUACACGAAAAACUCGUUGAAAAAUCCGUCUCGAAAAAUCUCGAAGCGACUUACAACGAAAUUUUGGAGCUCAUCAAAGCUGGCGGUGUCGAAAUCAAAGGUUUGCAUGCAAAAGCAGUCAAUCGAAAGCGCGAAAAAAUGGUUCCCGUGCUGGAAACUUAUAAAUUCAUCCCGCAUUUCAGCAACGAUUAUUUCACGUUGGAAGAGGCAAGUCGCUGCAUCGUUCAACUUGGCUUGGAAAACACUUUCACGACAAAUGUGAAAGUCUACGAACUGCAAGACGGCAUCAACGAAUCGAUUGUCGAAGAUUUUGUCAAGCCAUUAUGCGAUUUGCCGUUAAUUGUGUACGAAACAUCGUCCGAUUUGCUGUCAGAAUCGCCGGUUUCGCCGCAAAAAAAUAAUUCUUUCGUUAUUUGUUCGUACAUGAUAGCCCAACCGAAGGUCAUGUUGCAUGCCCUGAAGUUCAUCAAAGACGACGGCUUCAUUGUGUCUCGCGAGGCAACGACAAUUAACGUCGAAGAGCUUCACAUUCCGAAGGAAGUUGCUCUCAUAAGUGCUUUUAAAACUUUAAACGAGACAUUUUUGGUGUUCAAACCCGUAAUUGCCGCUCCGGUGAGAAAAUCAACAAAAACUGUGAAAGUUUCCUUGAUUGACAGCAACUACAAUUGGUUGUCAGAGACCCAAAAAUGGCUCAAAAAGGAUCAUCCCGUGAUGUUAUAUGCCCAAGGAGAGCCCCUCAGCGGAAUAAUCGGCUUAGUGAAUUGCAUUCGGAAGGAAAUGACCGCGGAUCAAGUGAAAUGUUGCUUCAUUGAUGACGAAUCAGCUCCAAUUUUCGACCUGGAACACCAAUUUUACCGAAAAAACAUCAAAUUAGCGAUAAAUGUCUUGAAAAACGGCAAAUGGGGCACUUACCGUCACUUACCACUCGUGCUCGAGCAUCCGAAACAACCCACGACGAAACAUGCGGUCGUCAACACCGACACUGCUGGCGAUCUCUCGGCCCUCCGAUGGUCCGAAGGUAAUCUCAACUUUGAAAACUUGCAAUUUGACCCUGCCGUCGUCGUAAAUGUCAAAUAUUCCGCCUUAAAUUUCCGGGAUUGCAUGUUGGCGACGGGUCGUUUGACGCGAGACUCCAUUUCGUUCGGGUUUAAUCGCACCGGACAAGAAAACGUCAUCGGAUUGGAGUUCGCUGGUGUGUCAGAGACGGGAAAACAUGUUAUUGGGAUCCUGCCGUCACGAGCAAUUGCGACAAAAGUCAUCGCGGAUCGAAAUUUGAUGUGGGAAGUUCCGAAACAUUUAACGCUGGAGGAAGCAGUGACGAUUCCCAUCUGCUAUUUGACCGUUUAUUACGCCUUUUUUGGCGUCACACACAUCCAGAGGGGACAAAAAGUGCUGAUUCACGCGGGAACGGGCGGCGUUGGCUUGGCGGCGAUUUACACGGCACUCAAAUACGGCUUGGAAGUGUUCACAACAGUCGGCUCGGAAGUGAAAAGACAAUUUUUGUUGCAAAAGUUUCCGCAACUGAGCGAAAGUCACAUCGGAAAUUCACGAGAUACGAGUUUUUAUGAGAUGGUAAUGAAAGGCACGAAUGGCGAAGGAGUUGAUUACGUUUUAAACUCGUUGGCGCAAGAAAAAUUAAUUGUUUCCGUGAAAUGUCUCGCAAAACGCGGCAAAUUCUUGGAAAUUGGGAAAUUUGACUUGGAAAACGACACAAAACUCGGUUUGGCGCCAUUUUUGAAGGAAAUCUCGUUUCAUUCCGUGAUUUUGGAUGCUUGGAUGUUCGGGUCGACCGCUGAAAAGCAAACUGUUUGCAAGUUAAUUACGGAAGACAUCAAAUCCGGUGACAUUAUGCCUCUUCCAACGACUGUUUUCGCCGCUGACGACAUCGAGCAAGGGAUGCGCUUCCUCGCUUCCGCCAAACACAUUGGAAAAGUCCUCAUCAAAGUCCGCGAAAGUCACGAAAAUGCAAAAUCUCUGCCAAUUACAGUUUAUCCGCGCGUUUUUUGCAAUCCAGAACUCACGUAUGUCGUCGUUGGCGGGCUCGGGGGUCUCGGACUCGAACUUUCCGAUUGGCUUGUGAUGCGCGGAUGUCGAAAAUUGGUCCUCAGCUCGUCUCGGGGCAUUACAAAGCCCUAUCAAUGUUACCGGAUCAGCUUGUGGCGAUCGUAUGGCGUGCAAGUAGUCAUUUCCACGGCUGAUAUAACGACGAUGAAUGGCGCCACGGAGCUUCUUGAGGAAGCAACUCGCUUGGCACAAGUCGGAGGCAUCUUUAAUUUGGCGGUUCAACUGAAAGACGCCACUUUUGAGAAUCAAUCUGUCACGCAAUUCCGUGAAAGUAUGGCUCCAAAGGCCUUUGCAACGAUUUUUCUCGAUGAAAUUUCGCGAGUUUUGUGUCCGAAACUUCAUUUAUUUGUCGUUUUCUCGUCCGUGUCGUGUGGGCGCGGAAAUGCGGGGCAAUCCAAUUAUGGCAUGGCCAAUUCUGUGAUGGAGCGGGUCAUGGAGCAGCGUAAAUUUCGAGGAUUUCCUGCGAAAGCGAUUCAAUGGGGCGCCAUUGGGGAAGUUGGUUUAGUGGCUGACAUGCAAAAUGAUAAAAAUCUCGAAAUGGCAAUUGGGGGAACACUUCCUCAACGUACAGCAUCGUGGUUGGAAGAGCUCGACAAGUUGCUUACAUGCCCAGAUCCGAUCGUUGCCAGUAUGGUUGUUGCCGAAAAAAAUGUCAGCAGCGAAAAAUCCGUUGAUAUUGUGGAAGCUGUGAUGAAUAUCAUGGGCAUCAGGAGCCAAAAAACCAUCCAACUUGAUACAAAAUUCUCGGAAUUGGGCUUGGAUUCGUUGAUGAGUGUCGAAAUUAAUCAACUUUUAGAGCGAGAUUAUGAAAUAUCGCUCACGCCACAAGACCUAAGACAACUUACCUUCGUUAAAUUGCGACAAUUGGCGGAUAAGGAGACCAUAACUGACGAAAUUCAAAGCAAUAAAUCGCAAGAAAUGGGUCUGCAGCUCAUGCAAAAGAACUUGGGAGACGAAAAAUCGAGUUUACAGCCAAUUUUGCGUUUGCCCAACUUGAACAACAACGAUAACGUCGAGAAAUUUCUCUUCAUACCCGGCAUUGAGGGUGUUUCUGGUGACAUUUGGGAAGCAAUUGCCUCACAAAUCAAUCUUCCGGUCCAUAUUUUGCAACUUCGUAAGACAAGUCACAUGAUAGAAGCUUCCCAAAUUGCUGAAACCGUCAUCAAAGACAUCCUCAAGCACGUUUUUAACGAAACUCGCACUUUUCGCAUCGUUGGAUACUCUUUUGGAUCAAUUUUGGCACUCGAAAUCGCUCGCAUCCUCGAAGAUCUCGGCAUGCAAGGCACAAUUACGCUCAUUGACGGGUCUCCGGCUUAUUUGAAGAAGAUUUUGUACUUUUUGAAUGACAACAAGGCCCUUUCCGAUGAAGAUGUUAAGCGAAUUAUGGUCAAUAUUGUCGGUGGAUUGUUCUCGUUGAAAGAUGUGACAGUUGAUACGCUCGAUUGGAACGAGUUUACGAGACAAAUGAUACUAAAAACCGCGGAACAUUUUGGAUUUUCCGAAGAAUAUUGCCGGGAAAUCGUUGAUGGGAUGAUGUCUCGUAUAAAAUUGAUGUCGAAGAGCGACGAUGAACCGGUGCGAGGAAAAAUCAAGUCGGAUAUUGUGCUUGUGCGACCAACGGAAUCAACGUUAAAUGUCAAAACGGAGGAUUAUGGAUUGAAAAAGUACACGGAAGGAAAGGUGGAGGAAAAAAUCAUUCAAGGAAAUCAUUCGUCGAUGUUGGAGAAUCCAGCGUUGGUCGAUAUUAUCAAUGAAAUGGAAAAUUUUGUAAAGUAA